AUGGCAGCGGAUUCUGGGUCGGCGCCAAGUCCCCUGAUGCGAGUGGGAGUGCUGGCGCUGCAAGGCUCGUUCCGCGAGCACAUUGCAGCGCUGCGCAGGUGCGCGGCGGACAUGAAAGCGCUAACCAUCGAGGCUGUGGAGGUGCGCACGGACGCGGAGCUGCGCGCAGUGCAGGCGCUCAUUAUCCCCGGCGGGGAGAGCACCACCAUGGCCAACCUCGCCCAGCGAUGCGGACUGCUCGGCGCGCUGCAGGAAUUCGCAGCCUCUGGGCGGCCAGUGUGGGGGACGUGCGCCGGACUCAUAUUCCUGGCUAACAAGGCGCUAGGUCAGAAGUCAGGAGGGCAGGCGCUGCUUGGGGGACUGGACUGCACCGUGCACCGCAACUUCUUUGGCAGCCAGAUCAACAGCUUUGAGACUCUCCUUCCCUUCCCGCACCACACCCUUCAAUCCACCUCUUCAGCAGCACCACCGUCAGAACCAUCAACAUCAACAGCAGCAGCAGCGCCUGCAGCACCACCCACACCUUCCCAGUCUCAAGCCUCCCCCUUUCGGGCUGUGUUCAUCCGAGCCCCUGCUAUCAUCCACACCGGCCCUGCUGUUGAGGUGCUGGCGGAGUACCCUCUUCCCAACCGUGCCUCUGCCGUCGCUGCACCUGCUGCCCCGGCCGCACCUGCAGGCGCUGGUUCGGCCGAGCCCGCAGCUGCUGCUUCGGCCGUGCCUGACCAGAGUGGCCAGGAGCUUUCCGAAGAAGAAAUUCUAGCAAAGUUGGACCGGGUGGCAGUGGCGGUGAGGCAGGGCAGACUGUUGGCCACGGCAUUCCAUCCAGAGCUCACAGCCGACCUCAGAUGGCACCGCUUGUUCCUUCACAUGAUUCUCGACGCACUCCAGUCCUCUCCAGACCUGGCUGUGGCCCAAGCCCCUUCUGCAGGCUCGGCAGGCAACUCUGGUGCCAGCAGUGUGCCGAAUGUGGACCCAGGUGACCUGCCAGUAUUUGGUUCGGCACCAGACCUAAAGAUUGAGCUCAAGCCCGUGCCUCAGUUGUAG